AAAUGCAAUAUUUUAUGUAAAAACAUUAUUAUAAUUCACUUUAAAACACUUUGUUAAUAAUUUAUUUUGAGUAACAACUUUAGCAAACUUUAAAGUAGUACCUUUAGGAGUUAGAUAGAAAGUAAAUUUAUAACACAAAGUGUUAUUUUCUUUGUGCUUUCUACCACAUAAAGUGAUAUUUCCUGCGUAAACCAUUUGGUUUUAUAGGAGAAACUUUGUUAAUUUAAUCGGUUAUUAAAAACAUGGUGUGCGACGGACCUGAUCCACCCGAAAACUCUCAAAACAAUUUGACCCCACCUCCUAGACAUGAGUUUAUAAAUGGUAACAAUGAAGAGAGUGAUGACGAACAGUCUGAAUACUUCGGUUACGAGCCACUUCCACAAGGUCCCGAUGGUACAUUCAUGGAUUUCCGAGACAGAGAUGAUGAUACAGUGGGAAUGUAUGCCGAAGAUCAGGAAGUACCGUCACAAGAUGUGCCUGCCAUAGAGCCCAUAGAGAAUGCACUAGUUAGAGAAGUUUGGAGUACUCCUAGACCAACAGAUUCCAUACAAAUGGAUAAUGAAAGAGCACAAGAGGUAAUGUCAGCGAUGGCUAACUUUGCAUUACCGGAAGCAUCAAUACCUGAGUGGGCACAGAGUAUAUCAGAAGAGCAAUGGAAACAAACUCUUAAUGACAGAUUAGAGAGAUUAAGGAAUAAUAGCUAAAUAGAAAUUUUUAUUUUUAUCCUGUGGAUUUUUGCUGUUAUAAUGUUUGUAUAGCCAAAUUCAAAAAGAUUUUUUUUUUCAAACCUAACUAAAAAAACUUUUUCCCUUAUAAUGGUUUAAUCACAACUUGUCAAUAAUAUUUAUUUACCUUUUAAUUACCAAUAUAAACACAGACAUUCCAAAAUAAAUCCAUAGACUUUAAAUGACAUUGUCAGCCAAUGGAAAGUGUAAGUAUAAUUUCUGAUUCCAAUUGAAUUUCACUAUAUAAUAAUGUAAAAGCCAGCCCUUUCAUUCUCCCUUCCCCAAAGUUUAAAAAGUUUUGUAUAAAAGUGUUAAUUAAAAGUCCCCUGUUACUGACACUUUUUAUUGGCUGAGUUCUUAAUGGCAUUUAAAAAAUAAGCUCUGAAUAACAAUUUUUCAAACUUACCAAUGGUUAUUUUAUAUUAGUGCUUAAAGUGUUAACAAUACCUACCUUAGUAAAAGCAAAAAC